CAACACUUCUGGAUCCAGCUGCUCCACAAGUUCGCAUUAAUGAGUGACAAUAAAGGUGGAGGAAGUCCGAGGACUGCUCCUAAAACUCUCACUCUCUCUCUCGCUCUCUGUCUCUCUCUCUCUCUCUCUCCCUUUCUCUCUCUCGCUCUCUCGCUCUAUUACUUUCUGUCCUUUUGGAUCUGAUCCCGGGUAAUCCUCCGGUCCCGGUCGGACCUCGCUGCCCUCCUGCAGUAGUGUAAUCCUCCGGUCCUGGUCGGACCUCGCCGCCCGCCUCGGUCAGAAGUGUCCGGACCUCGGUGAGCCAUGGACGGGCCUCAGCUCAGUGAGCUCCCGGACAGCUCGGAGCUCGUUGGGCCGUAUGUGAGCAGCCUGAGGCGGAGAGCCCUGCAGUCUGCCGAGCUGUCCGCGGUCCGGACUCUCUCUGACGGCUUCCUCCUCAGGUUUCUGCGGGCCAGAGACUUCGACGUGGAUCUCUCUCUGAAGCUCUUACUAAACUACCAGCGGUGGCGGCGGGACAGUCCUGAGAUCAGUUCCUGCCUGUCCCCCUCCUCGGUGCUGGACCUCCUGCAGACAUCCUAUCAUGCCGUCCUCCCACAGAGGGACCACACUGGCAGCAGGGUGCUCAUAUACCGGAUCGGCCAGUGGAACCCCAAAGACUGGUCCGCCAUCCAGGUGUUCAGGAUCAGCUUGAUGACAUCAGAGAUCAUCUCCAUGGAGACAGAGACACAGAGGCGGGGUCUAAAGGCCAUAUUUGACCUGCAGGGUUGGAGUUUAGGCCACGCCCUGCAGGUGACCCCUUCCAUGGCCAGAAAGAUCUCGUCUGUGCUGUCGGACUCGUUUCCACUGAAAGUGAGAGGGAUCCAUCUGGUCAACGAGCCUCUGUUCUUCCGGCCCGUCUUCGCCAUGAUUCGUCCUUUCCUGCCAGAUAAAAUCAAACAGAGGGUUCACAUCCACGGCGCCGAUUUCCACGACAGUCUGAGCGACUUCUUCUCGCCGCACGUCCUUCCUCCAGAGUACGGAGGGGAGGGGCCUGGCAUCAAGGAAGCAUGUCGGGACUGGACCAAUCAGCUCUUCCAGGCAGAGAAGCUCCUCCAACAGAUUGCCAGUCACCCGACAGGAGACAUCUCUAGUCCUCCAGGUGGCUCCUGGAUCUCAGAGGAUGUGGACUCUGACCAGCUCUCAGAGCGCUGAUGUCUGAAAGCUGGUCUGGUGAAUCCUGAUGCUCUUUUAUUUUCUGAUGCUUGUGCACUGACUGGUAGACGUUUCUGAAGGUCUGGAAUAUGUGAGUGUUUUCACUGCCAGUUCUUCUUAUCCUUCUGAGGUCCUAGUAGUGGCGCUCGCGUCCUGAGUCCUCUUUUUCCUGUUGUGGUCCAAGUAAACUCUGCACCAGUGGCAGCUUGGACCACCUCCAGCCUAAUCCCUCUUUCCAGUCCACCUGGCUGGUAGGAAUCCUUCUGCUGUUAGCCACAGAGAAGUUACUGAACCAACAUUACUACCCCAGAACACUGAGAGCCACCGCCACCAUCAUCCACUAACAGCUCUGGAGUGUUCUGGUCGUCUGACCCCUUUAAAGCACUUUUUAGACCACAGAAUCCACACAGAGGAUGGCAGAGGAGCCUAAAGGGGCCGUCAGGAUUAACUUUCCCACUGAUUCAGUCGCCAACACUGAGGAAGCAGUUAAACGCUCACUCUGACAGAAACAGCUGGGGAUUGAACUCUGACUCUACCACUGCUCACUUAACUAUCAGACUAACUUUAAGUAGCUAUGCUAGCUCGUUUGCAGCACAUCAGAUGCUAUCAGGUGUUUGUUUGUCUUUGUAGGCUCCUUUUCCACCAGUAAAAUCUCCCAGAGGGCUUUGCUGCUCAUCUUUAAUAAAUUAAAUGUUCCCAGCUGCAUCAUCGCUAAGCUCUUCACCGACCGCCAUCGUUUACAACCAAACAACUCAAGCACGCCCAUCAAAGAAGCCGAUUUGUCUGUUAAUUCUCUGACUGGCAACAAGUGUGCCCACCUGAUGACAGACCACCAAUCUGACCAGUCUGUGUUUGCCUGGUUAGUCCGUCAUUCUGUGUGGAAACGUGCUCCAAUCAGGCGCCAUUUGGACUAACCGAGGAAACUGGUGGGGGUACGGUCAGUGUACUUUCAGGCAUACAUGUACUUUCAUUUCCUGGUUGAAACCACACUUGAAAAAAAACAAAGAAAACUGAGUCGUUUUUCCGGUUUUCGUUUUGGUCACAAAACCGGAAAAACAAUAUUUUAAAAAA